AUGAUGGCAACGGGAUAUAGCAGUAUUAUUGGUUUGUAUAUAUUGAUAUUAUCGGUUGCGUUGUACACAAAUGGAGCUGAAGUGCUUAUUAUGCCAAGUUCCAUAUUUCCAGUACAUCGUUUUACGAUGAGACAUUUGGCCGAAGAACUCGUACAAAGAAAUCAUCACGUCACUUGGGUGGAAUAUGGUUUCAAGAAGCCGUCUAUACCGUUGCCUAAAGGUGUAGAUGAGAUCUACUGGCAGUUGUCGUUACCCGAGCAACACUGGAUGGACUUGUAUUUGUAUCGGAAUCAUUCACUUCAUGAUCGUAUAUGGAUCGCAGAUUUUAUGGACGAAGCGCAGCAAGUGAGUGCGUGGAUGGCUAGUAUCAGGCUCUGUGAUCAGGCACACUAUCCUGGUCAACUAGCCGAGGCGUUCUACCUGGAACGGAAUGCAUCGAUAAACUUUGUGAACACACCACCGAUUUUCGACUUUGCCAGACCGUAUAUGCCGAGAGUGAAUUUUGUUGGAGCGUUGCACUGUAAGAAAGCAACACCACUGAAAGGGGAUUUGGCAAGAUUCGUCGAGGGUGCAGAUAAGCAAAAUGGUGUGAUUCUGUUCACGACUGGUUUCACGGCACAAUGGAAACGUGCACCAAAGAAAGUAGUGAAUGCGUUUGUGGAGGCGUUCACUGAGAAGAAAGACAUUCGUUUUGUGUGGCAGUAUGAUGGCGAAAAAAUUCCGAACCUUCCCUCAAAUGUAUUCGUAGCAGAUUGGUUACCACAGCAAGACAUACUUGGACAUCCAAAAACACGUGCGCAUAUAACACACGGCGGUUUGAACAGUGUUAUCGAGAGUGUGUGGCAUGGAGUGCCCGUGAUUGGUUAUCCGUUGACAGCGAGCGGAGUGGACAAUUUGCUGAGAUUGACAGCACGAAACGUUGGUGUGAUGUUGAAGAAACGGGGACUCACAAAGAAGACGAUUCUACGUGCCAUCGACGAGAUUUAUGCGCAAAAAUACAAAGAUGAAAUGUUGAUAUUCCAAGAUAUGGUCACAGAUGUGCCAUACACUGAACUGAACCAUUCAGCGUUUUGGGUGGAGUUCAUCGAUCGUCAUCAAGAUGUACCACACGCGAGAUCGGGUGCAGAUCAGCUGAAUGUGUUGCAGUAUUUCUUGGUGGAUGUGAUAAUGUUCUUGUUAUCGGUAUUAUUGAUUCUGAUCACAAUAAUCUACUAUGCGCUGAAAGGACUGCUUCUUUUGUUGGUCAAGUUUUAUAGAUCGAGAACAGCGAAGGAGGAGGCGGAAUCGAAGAAAACGAAGUGA